AUGCACUUUAUACUUAAUUCUAGUGCAACAACAUCUUUUACGAUCAAAGCAACAUUAAAACAAACAACACAUUUACCGGUUAGCCGCACGGCUUACACCUCUACAUGUGAUGAGCCACACGCAUUAAAUAAUAUUGAAGCAUCUAGUGUUAACCCAGUAGUAUCUAAUCUUAUUGAUUCAGAAUUUGAUCAAGAUCAAAUACGUGUUGCUAAUGAUAAUCAUCAUCAUCAUCAAUUAUCAUCUCACAAUGUCGUAAUUACUAAUGAAUCAACGUGUUUUGCUCAAACACGCUACCCUUUUCCGCCAUUUAUUUUACGUUUUAGUUCAGGAAAGUUUGAUGUUCAAGUAAAUCAUUGUCGUUUAUCUUCUGCUGCUCUAUUAAAUGAUGAAUAUGAUAUCCUUAUUUAUGUAAAAGAUGCUGUUUCUUUUUCGUUUUUAUUAGAACAAGCUCAUUGGCCUAAUGUUAUAGCUAAUAAAAAUUAUUAUUUUCCCUCAGUUCCAGGUAUUCCACCACAACUAUGCUUAUUAAUAAAAAAUGUCGAUUUACGUAUUGAUUUUGAUGAAUUCUGUAAUGAUAUUAAAGCUAAAUAUCCUCAAGUUAAAAAUAUUAUUAGAAUGAAAAACAAAUUUCAAAAGGAUAUUAAGUUAGUUAAAAUUGAAUUAUCUUCUUCUUCUAUUAGAGAUGUUUUAUUAAAUCAAAAGAGGAUUAAUGUUAACUAUAUCACUUAUGAUAUUAUCGAAUAUUUAGCUCCUGCUAAUGUACUUAUAUGUUCUAAGUACAUGACAAUUGGCCACUUUAAAAACCAGUGUACUCAGAUUAAGGAAACCUGUCGUACUUGUGGUGAACAAAUUGAUGAUUUAAAAAAUCAUAAUUGUUCUAAAGUUGAAAAAUGUAUUCACUGUGGACAAAAUCAUAAAUCUAGUUCUCUCAAGUGUUCUGUUGUUAAAUCUUAUCGGAUUGAAUUAACUCGCAAAAUUCUUCAAUCGAAUAAUCAUUCACCACCUGAUACAAACCUGAUGAAUAAGAAUAAAAAUGUUAUUUUUAAUUCAACGAAUUUUCCACAUCCUCCACCACCUAAAUCUUCAACAUUAUCAGUUAAUCCAAUGAUGAUUAAGCUGGACGAAUUAAUAAAUAAAUUAUCGGAGGUGAAAAAUCAUCUCGCUAAUUUAGAAGCUAAACAUGAUAAAUUCGAACAAUUUAUUAUUAAAAAAAAUAAUGAUGAAAUUGUUUCUAAUAAAAUUAAUGAUUUAUCUAAUAAUCAAAUGAAUUUAAAAAAAAAUAUCGUUCAACAUAGUGCAUACAUUGAUAGACAUAAAAAUUUAUUUUGCAAAUUGUUAAUUCCUAUGUUUGAAGAUUUAUUUUCAUUAAUAGCAUUACAAAAUCUCGACAAGAGGGGUAAUCCACUUGAUGCAGAUCUUAAAUGUAAACUUAAUCGUUAUUUGGUGCAAAUGAAAAAAGAAACUGAAGGUAAACAAUUUACAAUCUAA